AUGGAACUUCCAUUAUCUUGCAUCGAACGUAGAGUUCAAAAGAUAAAGAAAAACAUAUUUUCUUCAAAUUUUGAUAUAUAUUCUUUUGUAUGUUUUUCUACUUACGACACUGCAUGGUUAGCAAUGAUACCUGAUUCAAAAUAUCCUUCACAACCUAUGUUCAAGAAUUACUUAGAGUGGUUGAUCAAGAAUCAAAAACCAGAAGGGUUUUGGGGAGAGAGUGACACCAUUGAAUGUCUUCCGGCAACUAUUGUUUCAAUGGUUGCACUCACAAAGUGGAACACUGGCACGUUAAUGGUAGAGAAAGGACGAUCAUUUAUUGAUGCAAAUAUUGAUAAGCUGCUGAAUGAAGUGAAAGAUGAGUGCCCUCGCUGGCUUGCUAUUGUUCUCCCUGCAAUCAUUGAACUUGCUGAUAUCGUCGGUUUAGACUUGCACUUCCAACAAUCAACAAGGGAUACCAUGUCAUAUAUUAAUAACCGUCGCAAAAGCAUUCUUAAAAAGGAGGAGGUUGCAGGGGAUUUUAGUUGUUACGCUCCUUUACUGUCAUACCUUGAAGCUCUACCUCCAUCAUAUUUUGAUGAAAAAGAUAUAUGUAAAAAUUUGAGUGAAGAUGGUUCAUUGUUCCAAUCUCCCUCUGCCACCGCAAAAGCAUUCAUGGAUUAUGGAAACAAAAAAUGCCUUUCAUAUUUACAGGCCUUGUCACAAAGAUGCCCGAAAGCAGUUCCACAAGCAUAUUCAAUGGAGGAGGAUUAUAUAAAGCUUUGCAUUGCCAACCAAUUGCAUAGAUUUGGAUUGGGAGAGUACUUUGUAAGAGAGAUUGAAGUACUUUUAUCACAAGUUUAUAGGAACUAUAAUAAUGAGGCAAGUUCAGUGGUAAGAGCAUUGAAUAAGAAUACUAUGCAACUUCAGAAAGAUGCUAUGGCAUUUGAGCUCUUAAGGACAUAUGGAUUCAAAGUAUCACCAUUGCGAUUUUGUUGGUUUUUAAACCACGAUGAAACCAAAGCUGAGAUUGAGAAUAAUUACGAGCAGUUCUCAAGUGCAAUGUUUCACGUGUUCAGAGCUUCGAACUUAAUGUUCUGUGGAGAAUAUGAACUUGAGGAAGCUAGAAGCUUUUCUAGGAAAAUACUUGAGAAAAUCGUUUCAACAGGUAAAAGAGGCUUAUCGCAACAAAUAGAGCACGAGUUGAGUCUUCCAUGGUUUGCUCGAUUGGAUCAUUUAGAGCAUAGAAUGUGGAUAGAAGAAACAGAAGCCAACACUCUAUGGAAAGGGAAGACAUCACAUAACAGAGUAUCAUGUCUCUAUAAUGACGAAUUGCUACAACUUGCAUCUCUAAGCUUUGAGUUUAAGCAAUUGAUAUACAAAAACGAGCUUAAAGAAAUAAAGAGGUGGGCUGAAAAGUAUGGUAUGAGUGAUAUGGGUUUUGGCAGAGAAAAAAGCACUUAUUGUUACUUCGCUGCUGCUGCUAGUUUAACAUCCCUCCCUCAUGACUCUUACGUACGGAUGUUUGUAGCUAAAACUGCUAUUAUAAUCACAGUUGCUGAUGAUUUCUUUGAUAGUGUUGGUUCUCUCAAUGAACUAGAAAUCCUCACAGAAGCAGUUCUAAGGUGGGAUACCAGAGGCCUAAGCAGCCAUAGCAAAGUUAUAUUUGAUGCACUUGACGAUCUUAUAAGUGAAGCUACUAGAAAAUAUCUCCAACAAGAAGGAACUUCUGAUGAUAUCUCAAGAAACUUAAAAGAUCUAUGGUAUGAAAUUUUCUUGUCAUGGCUCAUAGAAGCAAACUGGAGCAGAAAUGGACACAAACCAUCUAUUGAUCAUUACCUCGAAACAGGCAUGACUUCAAUUGGCGCACAUCUCAUUGUGCUUUCGUCUUCGUGUUUUAUGAAACCAUUCGAGAAACAUAGGCUAAAACCAUAUGAGCCAUUAACAAAUCUAUUAAUGGUCAUUUCUCGUUUGUUAAAUGAUCUCGAGAGUUAUCAGAAGGAAAUGGAAGAAGGGAAAUUGAAUUAUGUUUUGGUCAACAUGAUGGAGAACCCUGAAUUCGAAAUUGAAGAUUCAAUUGCGUUUGUGAGGGAAAUAGUCGAGAAAAAGAAGAAAGAGUUUCUUGAACUUGUUCUAAUUGACGGAUUAAGUGAUUUUCCUAAGCCUAGCAAGCAACUUCAUUUAUCAUGCUUGAAAGUUUUUCAGAUGUUUUUCAACUCUAAAAACAGUUUUGAUUCUAAUACAGAUAUGGUGGAGGAUAUAAACAAAGCAAUAUAUCUUCCUUUGAGUAGAACUUCAAUGUGUCUCUCAACUCAAAAAUUCCCUAAGAAGAAACAUAUUAUAUCAAAAAUUCAUAUGAAUUUCCCAUUGAAACAUUAUAGUAAGAUAAGUUUCAACGGAAUGAGAUUAAUGACACCUAAAAUUGGGAUUGGAUUCAUUUGAAUUAGAUAAAAGGAGAGGGACUGGUAUAUAUAAAAUGGAAAGUUUAUACCAUUUGUAUACAUCUAUAGCUACAAAUAAAUGUUGUUCGCUUGUUUUUGUAUAAUGUAAAUGUGAGAAGAAAUUGAUCACUUCAAAUAUUAGAUACCAUGAAACUAUAUUCAAUUAAACAAGAACUACGAUAUCAAAAAAGUAUUCUUUGUUGCAUAAUGAUCUGAGUUAAUA